UUCCCUGCUCGCCAAGUAACUCGCACUUGGUGUCCCCGGAUCCAUAAGGACAAGUCUCGGCUCUGUUGGCCCCUUGCUUCUUGUCCUAAUUAAUAUACCAGGCCAUUAUUUCAAAAAUAUCUCCAUCUCAUCCUAUCACACAUCCACCGUCUUCGCUCAAAAAGCACAGAAAAUGCUGAACCAAAAUGAAUAAUGCGCAUUAAACAAGAGCCAUAUGAAAUUCAGUGCCGACACUAAGGGCAGAUAUUAUCUUUGUCAUCAUCCUAAUCGCACCACACACGUAGCUCUCACUACACAGCCCAGCACCUCCUUGCCUAUAAAGAUAUGUAGCUUCUUCCAUCCCUGUGCCACGGACUCACUACGGUUCUGAAGCCAAAAAGAUCUGAAAAACAAAGCAAAGAAUCUGUCCAAUGGCAGAGGGCAAAGACUCCGGCGACCUUUUCUCCAGCAGCAAGCUAGUCGCGGACGCUGCCGCGUCGGUGUUCCAGCAUAAGAACGCAUACAACAUUGACAAAAAGGAGAUCGCCGGAGCAGCUGCAGAUAUCCUGCACGCGGCGUCCUCUUACGGCAAGUUGGAGGACAGGCCGGCCGGGCAGUACAUCAAAAAAGCCGAGGACUACCUGCAGAAUUUCAGCUCUGGUCCGACCGCUGGCGUUGAGAAGCCUGCAGGCGACUCCCCAGCCCCUGCCCCCUCAGACGACGCGCCGAAGCAUGCUGAGCCGGCGGAGGCGCCCAAGGAACCGGAGCCUGUACCUGCCGCGAAGGAAGGCGAGUCCGAGGGGUUCAGACUGGACGACGUCGUGAAGGGCGCUGAGCAGCUGGUGGAGAAGCAGGGCGGCGAAGGCGGGAGCGCCGGCGCCGGUGGGCUGUUUGAGAUGGCCGAGGGGUUCCUGAAGUAGAGCUCACAUGCAUGCACCCACUGCUUUCAGCUGUCGUAAUCUGCAUGCUUAUCUUUGGUGUGUUUGCUAUGUAAUUAACUGCUAAUAAAACCACGUUUGUUUCCAUCCAGUCGGUGUGGUCAAUGGAGAAAGCGUUAUUGUCCUGUACAUGUUCGCAAUGUUUGUAGCGACUUGUCAUUAAAACAUGAAAAAGAUACUGGUGCUUUUGUUGGUGGUUGGCGAAUUUA